AUGGCAUCCAAAGACAUGGCUCAAUCUGUCACAUCCCACGCAGGCGGUGAGGUCGACACUUGGGAUCCGAAAGAGGAGAAGGCCUUGGUUCGCCGGAUCGACCUGCGAAUCUUUCCCGUCAUGAUUGUCCUUUUCAUCCUCAAUUUCAUCGACCGAAACAACUUUGCCAAUGCCCGCCUCAAGGGGCUCGAGAAAGACCUCAACCUCACAGAUGUUCAAUACCAGACAUGUAUAUCCAUUCUCCUGGUGGGAUAUGUGGCAAUGCAGAUACCAUCAAAUAUGAUCCUUAGCAAGCUUUCUCGGCCGAGUUGGUACAUAUGUGCAUGCGUUGCAUUAUGGGGCGUCAUCUCUGCAGCGACGGGAGCAAUCCAGAACGCAACGGGGGCGAUACUAUGUCGAUUCUUUCUAGGCUGCAUCGAAGCCUCACUAUUUCCCGGCAGUAUUUAUCUAUUGGCGCGGUGGUAUACCAGAAAAGAAAUGCAGUUGCGGGUGACCAUCCUCAAUGGAGGUAAUCUUGCAGCACAGGCCUUUGGGGGCUUGAUUGCAGCCGGAAUUCUUUCCGACAUGGAGGGAAAAGCAGGUCUGCGCGCUUGGCGAUGGCUGUUCAUCAUUGAAGGUGUCAUCACAAUUGCUUGCGCAGUCAUUGCCGUCUUUAUCCUACCCGAAUACCCCCAGACGACCAGCUGGCUCUCGGAGCGUGAAAAGUUGAUUGCCCAAAAGCGACUUGCUUUGGAUGCUGGAGUCGCAGAGACAACAGAAAACGAAAGCGCUCUCCAUGGUCUCAAGUUGGCGGUGAUGGACCCCAAAGUCUGGCUUCUGGGUAUCACCUAUCACGCGACCAUCAUGGCCUUGAGCUUCAGCUACUUCUUCCCAACUAUUACGGCAUCUCUUGGUUACGACACGACAAAGACCCUUCUCCUGACUGCUCCGCCUUGGAUCUGGGCUCUGCUCUUUUCCCUGCCCAACGCAUGGCAUGCCGAUAAAACGGGAGAGCGCUUUUGGCACUAUACUGUCCCCGCCGUGAUCUGCAUCAUCGGUUACAUCAUCUCAAUGACGACGACAACGACCGCUCCUCGGUAUUUUGCCAUGUUUAUGAUGACAACUGGAUAUGCCUGCGGCUUCAUGAUGCUCGCGUGGAUUUCCAACACCAUUGUGCGACCAGCUUCCAAGAAAGCCGCGGCAAUCGCCAUUGUAAACGCCUGCGGUAACAUUGGCAGCAUUCCUGGCUCCUACAUAUGGCCCUCAAAGUACGGCCCAUACUACGUCAAGAGUUUCGGCGCUGAGCUGGCCAUUUUCGCGUUUGCUGUCCUGUGUGCAUUCAUCUUGAGGAUGUAUCUGAAACAUUUGAACAAGAAGCUUGACGCCACCGAGGAGGUACCGUACGAGGUCACCGAUGCCUCGGCUGCGCGCACGGCGGAUCUAGAGGGCAAGUCGCCAAAUGCAGUGGUCGAGGAUGCCAAGGGCUUCAGAUACCUGUAUUAG